AUGAGGAUCACUCACGUUCUUCCCAUCGUCGGCCUCGUCGCCGCCGGCAUUGCUGCCGACGCUCCCGCCGGUGCCAAGGGUGUCCGCGCCCGCGGCGGAUACGGUGGCGGCCCCGGUGGCUAUGGCGGCCACGGCAACGGCAACUGGGACGACAACCACGGCAACAACGGUGGCCACGGUGGAAAGGGAGGCCACGGAGGUGGCCACUGGGAGGAGCCCGAGCCCGAGGAGCCUUGCGAGACUACCGAAGUCCCUCCUCCUCCUCCCGCUACCACCGAGCCUUGCGAGACCACCGAGGUGCCCCCUCCUCCUCCUCCCCGGAGACCACCGAGCCCUGCGAGACCACCGAGGUCCCCCUCCUCCCCCGGAGACCACUGA